AUGACGCCGCCAGCUCGUUCUCCGUUGGAUGAUGUUUCGCAUCCGAUGUUUCUUCAUUCGUCUAAUGGUCCAAAUUUGAUUCUGGUUUCGCAGCUUUUAACUGAAGACAAUUAUGCUUCGUGGUCGCGAGCUAUGACGAUUUCAUUGAUUGUGAAGAACAAAAUUGGUUUUAUCGAUGGCACGAUUUUCGAGCCUGUUGCUGAUGAGUUGGUUAUGAGAAAUGCUUGGAUUCGAAAUAACAAUAUUGUCAUGUCUUGGAUUAUUAAUUUUGUUUCCAAGGAUAUUCAAGGCAGUAUUAUGUAUUCCAAUUCGUCGAAAGACAUUUCUGAUGAUUUGAAAACUCGGUUCUCGCAGACAAAUGGUCCUCGCAUUUUUCAAUUGCGUCGUGAUUUGGCAAAUCUUACACAAGGCAUUCAAUCAGUGAAUGUAUAUUUCACUAAAGUCAAGUCUACUUCUACUCGAGGCCAAAUCUUGCUCAUGGAUCCGCUUCCUCCCAUAUCUAAGGUGUUUGCGUUUAUUUCUCAAGAAGAACGUCAAAGAUCAGUUGUAUCUUCACAUGUAGAGUCUAGUGGUUCUGUCUUUUCUGUCAAGAAUGAGGCGUUUAAGCGGUCCAUUAAUAAUCAGUUCUACAAUCCUGGUUUGAAGAAGAGAGAGCGGAGUUUUUGCACACAUUGUAAUAUGCAGGGACACACAGUGGAGAAGUGUUAUAAACUUCAUGGAUAUCCUCCAUCUUAUAAGCAAAAAUCUCGUUUUUCCUCUCAUGCUAAUCAAUUUUCUGGUUUUGACACUCCUUUGGAUCUUCAUUCUUCAGAUUCAGGUGUUAGCUCUCACCACAUGGAUGGAUAUCUUCAGACCAUGACUCCCUCUCAGUGUCAGCAGUUUAUGAAUAUGUUUUCAUCACACAUGGCUGCUCAACAGCAACAAUCUGCUAAUUCUGUUCAGCAACACUCAUCUGCUCAAGGAGCUGAUACAGCCACGGUUUCUUGUGUGACAUGUACUUGUGCUUUAACUGGUACUCCUGUUUUAUCUUCAAAUGAUUGGAUCCUUGAUUCAGGUGCUUCUAAACAUAUUUCCCAUAAUAAGCAGAUGUUUGUUAAUCUCAGAUCUGUUAGUAAUUCCAGGGUUCUUUUACCUGAUUCUUCUGUUUUAAUUGUUUCCUAUGUGGGUGAUGUUCGUUUGUCUGAUGAUAUUUUUCUUACUGAGGACAAGUUCUUCAAGAUGAUUGGGAGGGGUAGAAAGGCUGAGGAGCUUUAUGUCUUGGAUAUACCUCCUUUUCUGCUUCCUCUUUCCAUAUCUUCUUGUGAUUUUGUGGUUUUUUGUAAUCAAUCAUCUGCCACUGUUUGGCAUAAGAGGUUAGGUCAUAUGCCUUUUAAGAAAUUGAGUUUUUUAAAGGCUUUUCUUCCAGUUUCUCUUGGUUUUUCUGCUCCUAAAGACAGCUGCUGUCAUGUUUGCCCUGUUGCUAAACAGAAGAGGCUUUCUUUUCCUUCUCAUAAUCAUGUUGUUGAUCAUGUUUUUGAUCUCAUUCAUUGUGAUAUUUGGGGUCCUUAUAAAGUGCCUUCUUAUAAUGGUUUCAAAUAUUUCAUUACCAUUGUAGAUGAUUGUUCCAGUCUUAAAGUUUUUGGUUGUCUUUCUUUUGCUUCCACCUUAUCUGCUGCUAGAGAUAAGUUUCAGCCUAGAGCAAGGUCUUGUGCUUUUAUUGGGUAUCCUACUGGUGUUAAGGGUUAUAAACUCUUAGAUAUUCACAGUAAGGAAGUGUUUUUCUCUAGAGAUGUGGUGUUUCAUGAGGAUUUGUUUCCUUUUACAACUAUUCCUAGUUCUUCCACUGAGUCUCUGUUUGAUUCUCAGUCUGUUGUUCCUCUUUCUCGGUCUAUUCAUUUAUCUGCUGUUCCCAUUGAUCCUUAUGUGGAUCCCUUGCCUUCUUCUUCUCAGCCUAGAAGACAUUUUGUUUUUAAUCUUUCUCAUGAUUCAAAGCCUCAUACUUAUAAACAAGCUAUUCAGCAUCCUCAAUGGGUUGGUGCUAUGCAAGAAGAGCUUGAUGCUCUUGAGGCCAAUCACACUUGGUAUAAAGCUCGAUUGGUAGCUCGAGGUUUUACUCAACAAGAAGGUGUAGAUUACAUUGAUACUUUUUCUCAUUUUGUUAAGCUUGUUUCUGUUAAUCUUUUGCUUGCUUUAGCUGCUGUUAAUGGUUGGGAACUGCAUCAACUUGAUGUUAAUAAUGCUUUUUUAAAUGGAGAUUUGCAUGAAGAAGUCUAUAUGGAUUUGCCUUUGGGGUAUUCCAAGGCCUCUAUAUCUUCAGAUGACAUGGUUAUUGCUGGUCCUAGUUCUGCAAAUAUUUCAGGUUUCAAACAGAGACAGUAUACUCUUACUCUUCUUGAAUAUACUAAAUAUAUAGAUUGUAAGCCAGUUACUUUGCCCAUGGAUCCUAAGUUGAAACUCUCUUCAGAAGAUGGUGAAUUGCUUGCAGAUUCUUCAGCUUAUAGAAGGCUCAUUGGCAGGCUUUUAUAUCUUACCAUUACUCGGCCAGACAUUGCUUAUACAGUUCAUAAGCUUAGUCAGUUUGUUUCUGCUCCUCGCACUUCCCAUAUGCAAUCCAAGAAACAGGUGACUGUUUCCAGAUCCUCUGCAGAGGCAGAGUACAGAGCUCUAGCUACUACUGCUAGUGAAUUGGUUUGGGUUAAACAGAAGAAGUUCAGACUCAUGCCUGUUAAAAGUUGUGACCAGCUUGCAGAACUCUUUACUAAAGCAUUGCCUCUUCCAGCUUUUACACAUUUGUUGUCCAAGAUGGCUUUCCUCAACAUCUAUGCUUGCUCAAGUCCAUUUUGA